AUGCAUCUGCCUGUUCCCAGGCUCACCUGCCUGUUCCCAGGCUCACCUGCCUCUUCCCAGGCUCACCUGCCUGUUCCCAGGCUCACCUGCCUGUUCCCAGGCUCACCUGCCUGUUCCCAGGCUCACCUGCCUCUUCCCAGGCUCACCUGCCUGUUCCCAGGCUCACCUGCCUGUUCCCAGGCUCACCUGCCUGUUCCCAGGCUCACCUGCCUGUUCCCAGGCUCACCUGCCUGUUCCCAGGCUCACCUGCCUGUUCCCAGGCUAACCUGCCUCUUCCCAGGCUCACCUGCCUGUUCCCAGGCUAACCUGCCUCUUCCCAGGCUCACCUGCCUCUUCCCAGGCUCACCUGCCUGUUCCCAGGCUCACCUGCCUGUUCCCAGGCUCACCUGCCUCUUCCCAGGCUCACCUGCCUGUUCCCAGGCUCACCUGCCUGUUCCCAGGCUCACCUGCCUGUUCCCAGGCUCACCUGCCUGUUCCCAGGCUCACCUGCCUGUUCCCAGGCUCACCUGCCUCUUCCCAGGCUCACCUGCCUGUUCCCAGGCUCACCUGCCUCUUCCCAGGCUCACCUGCCUGUUCCCAGGCUCACCUGCCUGUUCCCAGGCUCACCUGCCUGUUCCCAGGCUCACCUGCCUGUUCCCAGGCUCACCUGCCUGUUCCCAGGCUCACCUGCCUGUUCCCAGGCUCACCUGCCUGUUCCCAGGCUCACCUGCCUCUUCCCAGGCUCACCUGCCUGUUCCCAGGCUCACCUGCCUGUUCCCAGGCUCACCUGCCUGUUCCCAGGCUCACCUGCCUGUUCCCAGGCUCACCUGCCUGUUCCCAGGCUCACCUGCCUGUUCCCAGGCUCACCUGCCUCUUCCCAGGCUCACCUGCCUGUUCCCAGGCUCACCUGCCUGUUCCCAGGCUCACCUGCCUGUUCCCAGGCUCACCUGCCUGUUCCCAGGCUCACCUGCCUGUUCCCAGGCUCACCUGCCUGUUCCCAGGCUCACCUGCCUGUUACCUGCCUGUUCCCAGGCUCACCUGCCUGUUCCCAGGCUCACCUGCCUGUUCCCAGGCUCACCUGCCUGUUCCCAGGCUCACCUGCCUGUUCCCAGGCUCAUCUGCCUCUUCCCAGGCUCACCUGCCUGUUCCCACUCACCUGCCUGUUCCCAGGCUCACCUGCCUGUUCCCAGGCUCACCUGCCUCUUCCCAGGCUCACCUGCCUCCUUCCCAGGCUCACCUGCCUCUUCCCAGGCUCACCUGCCUGUUCCCAGGCUCACCUGCCUGUUCCCAGGCUCACCUGCCUGUUCCCAGGCUCACCUGCCUGUUCCCAGGCUCACCUGCCUGUUCCCAGGCUCACCUGCCUGUUCCCAGGCUCACCUGCCUGUUCCCAGGCUCACCUGCCUCUUCCCAGGCUCACCUGCCUGUUCCCAGGCUCACCUGCCUGUUCCCAGGCUCACCUGCCUGUUCCCAGGCUCACCUGCCUCUUCCCAGGCUCACCUGCCUCUUCCCAGGCUCACCUGCCAAGGGGUGGCAGGUAAACUAGUGGUUAAAGCAUUGGGACAAGGCUGCUGGAUCAAAUAA